UAAGGAGAAUGGGAAUGUUUUAUGUUUAAUGUAUUUUUUAUUUUUUUGUUUCACAACAUAACGAUGUAUUUUGUAUUUCAGAUGAAUUUACACCUGAUUAUUUGGAUUGGACUGAUCAGUUCAGUUUGCUGUGUGUUUGGCCAAGCAGAUGAAAAUAGAUGUUUAAAAGCAAAUGCCAAAUCAUGUGGAGAAUGUAUACAGGCAGGGCCAAAUUGUGGAUGGUGUACAAAUUCAACAUUUUUACAAGAAGGAAUGCCUACUUCUGCCCGAUGUGAUGAUUUAGAAGCCUUAAAAAAGAAGGGUUGUCAUCCAGAUGACAUAGAAAAUCCCAGAGGCUCCAAAGAUAUAAAGAAAAACAAAAAUGUAACCAACCGUAGCAAAGGGACGGCAGAGAAGCUCCAGCCAGAAGACAUCACCCAGAUCCAGCCGCAGCAAUUGGUACUGCAGUUACGAUCAGGAGAGCCACAGACAUUUACAUUAAAAUUCAAGAGAGCAGAAGACUAUCCUAUUGAUCUCUACUACCUUAUGGAUCUCUCUUACUCGAUGAAAGAUGACUUGGAGAAUGUAAAAAGUCUGGGAACAGAUCUGAUGAAUGAAAUGAGGAGGAUUACCUCAGACUUCCGAAUUGGGUUUGGCUCAUUUGUGGAGAAAACUGUGAUGCCGUACAUUAGUACGACCCCGGCUAAGCUCAGGAACCCCUGCACAAGUGAACAGAACUGCACCAGCCCAUUUAGCUACAAAAAUGUGCUCAGUCUAACUGAUAAAGGGGAAGUUUUUAAUGAACUUGUUGGUAAACAGCGUAUAUCUGGAAAUUUGGAUUCUCCAGAAGGCGGUUUUGAUGCAAUCAUGCAAGUUGCGGUUUGUGGAUCAUUGAUUGGCUGGAGGAAUGUCACACGGCUGCUGGUGUUUUCCACGGAUGCUGGGUUUCACUUCGCUGGAGAUGGGAAACUUGGUGGCAUUGUUUUGCCAAAUGAUGGACAGUGUCACCUGGAAAAUGACGUGUACACAAUGAGCCAUUAUUACGAUUAUCCUUCUAUUGCUCACCUUGUCCAGAAACUAAGUGAAAAUAACAUUCAGACGAUUUUUGCAGUGACUGAAGAAUUUCAGCCUGUUUACAAGGAACUGAAAAAUUUAAUCCCUAAGUCAGCAGUAGGAACAUUAUCAGCAAAUUCCAGCAAUGUUAUUCAGUUGAUCAUUGAUGCAUACAAUUCCCUUUCCUCAGAAGUCAUUUUGGAAAACAGCAAAUUGCCAGAAGGAGUAACAAUAAACUACAAAUCUUACUGCAAGAAUGGAGUGAACGGAACUGGAGAAAAUGGGAGAAAAUGCUCCAAUAUUUCCAUUGGAGAUGAGGUUCAGUUUGAAAUUAGCAUAACUUCAAACAAAUGUCCGAAUAAGAAUUCUGAAACCAUUAAAAUUAAGCCUUUGGGCUUCACUGAAGAGGUAGAGAUCAUUCUUCAGUUCAUCUGUGAGUGUGAGUGCCAAAGCGAAGGCAUCCCCAGCAGUCCGAGGUGCCACGAGGGAAACGGGACCUUCGAGUGUGGAGCUUGCAGGUGCAACGAGGGACGUGUUGGUAGACAUUGUGAAUGUAGCACAGAUGAAGUUAGCAGUGAAGAUAUGGAUGCUUACUGCAGGAAGGAAAACAGUUCAGAAAUCUGCAGUAACAAUGGGGAAUGUGUCUGCGGACAGUGUGUUUGCAGGAAAAGGGAUAAUACAAAUGAAAUUUAUUCUGGCAAAUUCUGCGAGUGUGAUAAUUUCAAUUGCGAUAGAUCCAAUGGCUUGAUUUGUGGAGGAAAUGGUGUUUGCAAGUGCCGUGUGUGUGAGUGCAACCCCAACUACACUGGCAGUGCUUGUGACUGCUCUUUGGAUACGACCUCAUGCCUGGCCAUCAACGGGCAAAUCUGCAAUGGCCGCGGCAUCUGUGAGUGUGGUGCCUGCAAGUGUACAGACCCAAAGUUUCAGGGGCCAACCUGUGAGAUGUGUCAGACCUGCCUUGGCGUCUGUGCAGAGCAUAAAGAAUGUGUUCAGUGCAGAGCCUUCAAUAAAGGAGAAAAGAAAGACACAUGUGCACAGGAAUGCUCACAUUUCAACAUUACAAAGGUUGAAAAUCGGGACAAAUUACCCCAGCCAGGCCAGGUUGAUCCUCUGUCCCAUUGUAAGGAGAAGGAUGUUGAUGAUUGCUGGUUUUAUUUCACAUAUUCCGUGAAUGGGAACAAUGAGGCCAUUGUUCACGUUGUGGAGACACCAGAAUGCCCCACUGGUCCAGACAUCAUUCCAAUUGUAGCUGGUGUGGUUGCUGGAAUUGUUCUUAUUGGCCUUGCAUUGCUGCUCAUUUGGAAGCUUUUAAUGAUAAUUCAUGACAGAAGGGAAUUUGCCAAAUUUGAAAAGGAAAAGAUGAAUGCCAAAUGGGACACGCAAGAAAAUCCGAUUUACAGGAGUCCUAUUAAUAAUUUCAAGAAUCCAAACUAUGGACGUAAAGCUGGUCUCUAAGUUGCCGUUCGUAUUUUCUUUCAUUUUCUGUCUUUGCAUGUGAACUUUUACCCUUUU